AUUCAUGUAAAAAGUGAAGAAGCCUUGAUUACAAGUUCUGUUACUUGUUUCUCUUCCUGUGCUACUCUAUAAGCCAUGAAUUAAGCACUCAUCAACCCAAGAAGACAGAGAUGCAGUUCGAGGACAAGGGGAAUGAAAUUAAAGUGCCUAGUUCUGACCUAGGUCAGCCUUCAUGUCAAACUGAGAUAUCAGAGAUCCACAAUCUACCAAAUUUGCCAGCAGAGUGCCUUCAUAACCUUCAAGCACAACUAGCUGAAGAGGAAAGAAAGGCUAAUCAGAUCCCGAUAGAAGAGGACAUCGAAAUGUUGCCGAGAGUGGCUUUGCAAAGUCUGAAUCUGCGAACUGUGGCUACUGAAGGUCCAGCAGGAAACAUGAAAAAUGGUGUGAAAGUUGCAUGCCUUAUUAUCUCAGUAUCUGUAACUGGGAUUGUCGGCUUCCUUGCAGGAGUUCCAAAAACUCAUUCUUCCAUGACAAGCAAGCUCAUCUCCAAAUCAGGAAUUCUUUCAAUGAUUCAUGACAUUAGCCGUUGUUUUACUCCUCACUUUGUACUUGCUAAUAACAUGUUGAGCUAUUUUUAUGUGCCUAAAGAGAGGGAUUUACCGUUUACGUGGCUUAAUUUCAAAUUAGCUGGGGUUAACAUGGCUUUCAAAUAUCGCAAGCCCAAUUUUGUUGAAAAUUUGGAAGUCUCAUCGCAACCUUUGAAAUGGAAAUUUGGUUGCUGCAACUUUGUCCAUGCAACAUUUAUUGUGCAUGGUUGGAUUAUGACUUUGGAGCCCAUUGCAUUCAUUGUGGGUGGCUGGCAUUUGGCUAUAAAAGGCCAUUUGACCAUUCAGCAAAUCACACCAAGAAGAGCAAUCCAAAGCAAAGUGAGCUCUAGAAAAUACAAGAGUUUUGUGAGUGCUUUGGGUGAGGGGCUAUGGAAAGCACUAGAAAAGGAAGGCAGGCUACUGGAAACUCUACCAAAGGAAGAGAAGAUAGACUUGAAGGAGCGGGCGCUGAGUGCAAUUCAACUCUCACUUUCUGAUGAAGUCUUGGGGGAGGUUGCAGAAGAAAAUUCAACUUCUGCAUUAUGGUCGAAGCUGGAAGCCCUUUACUUAACCAAAUUAGUCAUUAACCGAUUAUAUCUAAAGAAACGGUUGUUCACCCUCAAUAUGAAUGAAGGUGGUUCCAUCAAAGACCAUCUUGAUGAGUUCAACAAGCUCAUUUUAGACUUGAAGAAUAUUGAUGUGAAGAUAGAAGAUAAAGAUCAAGCAAUUAUUGUUUUGUGCUUAUUGCCUGACUUUUAUGACAGCUUUGUUGAAACUCAUCUUCAUAGUAGAGAUCAACUCUCUAUGGAAGAUGUCAAGGCGGCCCUGAAUUCAAGAGAAUUGAAGAAGAAGGUGUCUGGAGACAAGAGUGGUGAUCAAGCAGCAGGAUUGGUCAUAAGAGGUAGACAAAAUAACAGAACUUUCAACAAGCGAGGAAAGUCUCGAUCCAAAUCAAAAGCCAAGCAUGCUCGAUGUUACGAGUGCAAUGAGACGGGACAUUUUAAGAAAAAUUGUCCCAAGCUCAAGGAGAAGAAAGCUGAAAAAUCUGGUGAUGCCAACAUUGCCAGUUUUAGUGAUAAUUUAGAUGAUGAAGAUUGUGUUCUAUCUAUCUCUACAAACUCCUCUGCCACUGGCACGGUGGUUCUUGGUGAUGAUACAACAUUGCCUAUUGUUGGAAUUGGCAACAUCCAGAUCAAGAUGUAUGAUGGGAUGGUCAGAACAUUCAAGGUUCGUCAUGUGCCGGGUUUGAAGAAAAAUCUCAUAUCCAUGAGUAAGCUUGACUCCAAGGGCUGUCGAUACUCUUGUGAAGGUGGAGUUCUCAAAGUCUCUAAAGGAGCUCUCGUAAUAUUGAAAGGGAAGAAAGUUGGUGAUAAAGAUGUAACUAGGUUAUGGCAUAUGCGACUUAGGCAAAUGAGUGAAAGAGGGAUGAUGGAGCUAAGCAAGCGGGGUCUUCUAUGUGGCCAGAAAAUUGGCAAUCUAGACCUUUGUGAGCAUUGUGUUUAUGGCAAGCAGUGCAGGUUGCAGUUUGGCAAAGGAGUUCAUCGAACUCAAGGCACAGUUGAUUGCAUUCACUCAGACUUGUGGGGUCCCUCGCCUGUUGCAUCAAAAGGUGGAGCUGUGUAUAUGUUGACUUUCAUCUAUGAUUAUUCAAGAAAGGUGUGGGUAUACACCUUAAAGAAUAAUGGUCUUGAGUAUUGUAGUGGUGAGUUUGAUACUUUUUGCAAGAAUAAUGGAAUUGUGAGACAUCACACUGUCAAGAUGACACCACAACAAAAUGGUGUUGCAGAAAGGAUAAAUCGUACACUCUUGGAGAGGGCACAGUGUAUGCUCUCAAAUGUUGGAUUAUCAAAGGACUUAUGGGCAAAAGCCGUCAAUCAUGCUAGCUAUCUUGUAAAUCGGUCUCCAUCCACAGCAAUUGGAUUAAAGACUCCAGAAGAAUUAUGGUCAGCUUCUCUUGUUGAUUAUUCACAGUUGAGGAUAUUUGGUUGUCCUGUGUAUGCUCAUGUUAGGGAUGGUAAACUUGAGCCAAGGGCAGUGAAAGAUGUAACCUUUGAUGAGUCUGUUAUGCUCCAAAAGGCAAAAGAGGAGUCUAAAAUUGCAAAGCCAGACCAUGGAGUUAGCAAGCAGGUGGAGUUUGAAGCAACAACUCCAAAAAAGGCAGUGCGGGACAAUAGUAUUGUCCAAGAGAAUCUAGAUGAGGUGCAAGAUUCAAAGCUAACAGAUACUCCAAUGGAGAUGGAGGCACCUGAACAAACACAACAACAGUAUAAUAUUGCUACUGGUAGACAGAGGAGGGAGACCAAACCACCUCAGAGAUAUGGCUAUACAGAUUAUGUUGCCUAUGCUCUAUCAGUUAUAGAACCAGUAGAGGCUGAGGAUCCCAACACGUAUCGGGAAGCAAUUACCAAACAAGAAUCUCCUUAUUGGCUUGCUGCCAUGACAGAGGAGAUUGAGUCUCUACAUAAGAACCAUACAUGGAAGCUUGUGAAGCCACCAAAGGGACAAAGAAUUGUUGGAUGCAAAUGGGUCUUCAGGAGAAAAGAAGGAAUCCCGGGGGUAGAGACACCCAAAUUCAAGGCCAGAUUGGUUGCAAAGGGUUUCACACAACGAAAGGGUAUUGAUUUCCAUGAGGUAUUCUCUCCUGUGGUGAAACACAACUCUAUCCGUGUUUUACUUGCCAUGGUUACUUUAUAUGAUCUAGAGUUAGAGCAGUUUGAUGUAAAGACUGCUUUCUUGCAUGGUGAGUUGGAGGAACACAUUUAUAUGUCUCAACCAGAAGGGUUCAUAGUUUCAGGAAAAGAAGAUCAUGUUUGUUUGCUCCAGAAAUCCUUAUAUGGAUUGAAACAGUCACCUCGGCAGUGCUUGGAGAUGGUUCUUGGGUUUACUUGCUUGUAUGUUGAUGAUAUGCUUAUUGCUGCCAAAAGCAUGUUAAUCAUUGAUGAUUUGAAGAAGCAGCUUAGUGGUGAGUUUGAGAUGAAAGACUUGGUUGCAGCUAAGAAGAUCUUAGGAAUGGAGAUUCACACGGACUGCAAGGGAGGUAAAUUGUUUCUCUCUCAAAAGAAGUACAUCGAAAAAGUACUUGAGCAGUUUGGCUUACAUGAAGCUAAGGCUGUGACUACUCCUUUGGGAGCACAUUUUAAGCUUUCAUCAAAUUUGUCACCAGAAACGGAGGAGGAGAAGAAGUUUAUGGCGCAUGUUCCUUAUGCGAGUCCUGUUGGGAGCUUAAUGUAUGCUAUGGUAUGUACUCGUCUUGAUAUUUCACAUGCAGUUAGUGUGGUUAGUCGGUUUAUGGCUAAUCCAGGUAAAGGACACUGGGAAGCUGUGAAGUGGAUCCUCCGAUAUUUACAAGGCACAAUAGAUGUUGGACUAGUCUAUGAUCGGAGUGCUAAUCCAAGUGGAAAUGUAGUCGGAUUUGUCGACUCUGAUUUUGCUGGUGAUUUGGACAAAAGGAGAUCAACUACAGGAUAUGUUUUUACUCUCUUAGGGUGUGCCAUUAGUUGGAAAGCUACAUUGCAAUCAACAGUCGCCUUGUCAACAACUGAGGUAGAGUACAUGGCAAUUACUGAGGCAAUAAAGGAAGCAUUAUGGCUAAAGGGUUUGGUCAGUGAUCUCGGGGUAGAAAAAAAUGAGAUGAUGGUGUUUUGUGAUAGUCAAAGUGCCAUUCACUUGACAAAGAACACCAUGUACCACGAGAGAACCAAACAUAUUCAAGUUCGGUAUUACUUUGUUCGAGAAGUUAUAUCCAAUGGAGAUGUGCUCAUUGAAAAGAUAUCAACUGACGAGACUCCUGUGGAUAUCAUGACAAAGACGGUAAGUGGAAUCAAGUUCAAGCAUUGCUUGGACUUGAUUAGUGUCGAAAGUGCUUAAUGCCCCUCGGGGCAUUAUGGCACCAAGGGAAUGAAGCUAUUGGUCCUGA